UGCCUAAUACAGUUUCCUAGGCUUUAGCAUUUAACAAUUUGCACCCACCAACGCUGUUUUAAUAGCAAACCUACAAGACUGCUUUUAUUAAAACCCAACUGCAAUUUCAUGCUCAUCCCAUUUUUAUACCAGCAUCCAUCGAUCCUAACCCCUGUACUUCAUUCUCUUCCUCACUUCCUUCCCCUGCAGAUUUUCAAUGGCUUCCUUGCCAUUAUCUUCUGCUUCACUCUUUUCAAACUACCACCUCCUUUUCACAGUCAUAGCUUUCCUUCUUUCGGGCUUGAUUUUCUUCCUCACCCAGUCGAAAACUAAGUCAAAGUCGCUCAACCUUCCUCCAGGGCCACCCGGAUGGCCUGUCGUUGGGAACCUUUUCCAAGUAGCACGAUCAGGAAAACCUUUCUUUCAAUACGUAGAAGACCUUCGGCAGAAGUACGGCUCAAUCUUCACCUUAAAGAUGGGGACCAGAACGAUGAUCAUCCUGAGCGAUGCAAAACUUGUCCACGAAGCACUCAUCGAGAAGGGUCCUCUCUUUGCUACUCGGCCUCGUGAGAAUCCUACCCGAAACAUCUUUAGCAGCAACAAAUUCACCGUUAACGCCGCCAUUUAUGGCCCUGUUUGGAGGUCUCUGAGGAGAAACAUGGUGCAAAACAUGCUUAGCUCGAGCAGGAUCAAGGAAUUCUUCAGCGUGAGGCAAACAGCAAUGGACAAACUCAUCCAUAGGCUUCAAACCGAGGCCAAGGCAAAUGAUGGGGCCGUUUGGGUCUUAAAAAACGCUCGAUUCGCAAUGUUCUGCAUUCUUUUGGCUAUGUGUUUUGGCCUGGAAAUGGACGAAGAGACAGUCGAGAAAAUGGAUCAGGUAAUGAAAACUGUUCUGAUCACUCUCGACCCGAGAAUCGAUGACUAUCUUCCAAUCAUCAGCCCACUUUUCUCAAAGCAAAGGAAGAGAGCUUUCGAGGUUCGAAAUGAGCAAAUUGAAUCCAUGGUCCCUUUAAUCCAGAGGCGUAAGAGGGCACUCAGAGACCCAGGAUCCGAUAAAACUGCAACAUCGUUUUCAUACCUCGACACCCUCUUCGACCUAAAGGUGGAAGGACGCAAGUCAUCACCGACAGAUGCCGAAUUAGUCACACUUUGCUCAGAGUUCCUCAAUGGUGGGACCGACACGACAGCAACCGCCAUCGAAUGGGGUAUUGCGCAACUCAUCGCGAACCCAGAAGUUCAAGGAAAGGUCUACGAGGAGCUUAAAAGUACGGUUGGUGAUCGAAAAGUAGACGAGAAGGACGUAGAAAACAUGCCAUAUCUACAAGCAGUAGUAAAAGAACUGCUACGCAAACACCCACCGACAUAUUUUUCACUAACACAUGCUGUGACAGAGCCAACAACUUUGGCAGGGUACGACAUACCCACGGAUGCAAAUGUGGAGAUUUAUCUGCCAGGCGUUAGUGAAGAUCCGAGACUGUGGAAGAACCCCGAAAAGUUCGACCCCGACCGGUUCAUAUCGGGCAGAGAGGUGGCAGACAUGACCGGGGUAACUGGGGUGAAAAUGAUGCCAUUUGGGGUUGGGAGGAGGAUAUGCCCUGGUUUGAGCAUAGCCACAGUGCAUGUUCAUCUCACGCUCGCCAGAAUGGUGCAGGAAUUCGAGUGGAGCGCUUAUCCGCCACAAAACAAAUUGGAUUUUACAGGGAAGUUGGAGUUCACUGUGGUGAUGAAGAAUACUCUUAGAGCGCUAAUCAAGCCAAGGGUUUAAGCUAGAAAUUAGAGCUUAAUGAUACCUACAAUCUCUAUAUAUUUAUGAUAUUUCAUGGUAUGCAUACCUUUUGUUUGCUUUUGAGUUGCUUUCUGGUUUAGUACUCCUGCAAUUUGGGUCAUGAGGAUUGAAAGUUGAUCUGGUCCUGUUUGUUCUGUUCUGUUUAUAAUUCUGUUACUUGGUCAUCUUAUCAAUCCUGGGUUUUUGCUUUGAGAUUCUGAAAAUGUUUUAAGAAUGAAAAAAAUGUUAUUUUUGAA